AAAAAUAACUAAUAAGGAUUUUUUUGGUACAUGAAAAUUCCGGGAAGAUGAAAAUUUUCAAUUAAGCUGUCAAUUUUUUGGUUUCCCUCUUUCGUUUCCUAAUUCACAAACCCUCUCCUAAUUCACAAACCCUCUUUCCUCUGUUCAUCCCCAACAAUUCUUUCGGUUUCCCUCUUCCCUCUUUUCAUCCCCAAUUAAGCUGUCAAUUUUUUUUUGUUUCCUUCUUCCCUCUGCUCAUCCCCAACAAUUCUUAUAUCAUCCCUCUCUUAUUUUCCCACAUAAAUUUGGGUUGAUUUACAAUCUCGUCAUCAUAGUCCGAUUACAAUUCUCUGCAGGCAAGUUGAAAUUGCGCGCUUGAAUCACAGUUUACCGAAAUUCGUUUGCUCUCAAGACUAGUGAACAAGGAUUCAAUCAUUGUUGUAGGAUAUCCCCUUGGAGGAGAUACAAUUUCUGUGACAAAGGACAUGGUUUCACAAAUAGAGAAUGACGAAGAACGGAAGUAAGAAGCCUGAAAUUGCCUCGAAGUCCAUACCAGCACCUUAUGAGAAAGUAAGGUCCAUGACUAUAGAAAGAAAUGCCCAGAAGUAUAGAGAAUUAGGGCUCGAUAAGAUUGCUCAACAACUGUUAGAAAAAAAUAAGAACUUUGCAAAAGGAAAGGAGAAUGUGAAUUCUAACGUAGAUGAUCAAGACUAUGUGCCUGAUGAAGAAAAUUGUGACCUUGAUGAGGAGUUUGAGAUGUCUCGAGAAGCAACAACCUCUAUACCUAAGAAGAAGGCAAGAACUAGAGAGCAACCACCUAGGAAGAGUAAGAAGCAGCCAUUGUGCCCAUCUAUGGCAAUGGACGAUUUCCUUGUUGCUCAAAAUCAAAUGGAUCCGGCUGAAGUACGACAAAUAGAGCAAGAUGUACAGCAAUUGGAGCAAGAUUGACAAAUAUCUAAGCGUCUGCUUUCGACCAUUGUUCCACUAGAAAGCCGAGGAGAAUCUGUCUCCGCACAAGUUCCUAAGAAGAAAGGGCGAGGUCCAACAAAUUUGUUUGAUGUCCAUGCUCGCAAAUGGGAAGAUCGCGUAGCUAUCUACUGUAAUGACAAAGGACAAGCUAUCGGGCCUGAAAAGGCAAGGAAAGAACUAACUAGAUUCUUAGGAACUAUUGCUCAUGAUUACAGUUGGGCUCACUUGACAUACACAAAUUAGAAACAAGUUCCAAACAAAGAGAAAAUCUGGGAAUUUGUGAAUAGCGAGUACAUCCUUCCAGUUGAGGCUAAGGAUUGGGUAAUGGAGACUCUUGAUCAAUCAUGGAGAGGAUUCAAAUGUCGCCUCAAAAGAGAUCAUUAUUAUAUGUAUGAUACUUAUGAAGAGAGAUUGAAGCAUCCUCCUAAAAGAGUGCUUGAAGCACAUUACAAAACACUUUUAGCUUAUUGGGGGACACCAAUAGCAAAGAAAACCAGUUUGCAAAAUUCUGAAAAUCGGCGUGAACAAGAUAACAUACAUACAAAUGGUCCCGUUUCUUUUGCCAUGAAACAUGAGCAGUUGCUACGAAAAGAUGGUGUGGCACCAUCAAAAAGAAAAAUGUUUGAAGAGACUCGACGACGAAAGGAGGGAAGAACUUAUGAUCGACCUUAUGAUGAUACAAAACAAAAGAUACAAGCAAUGAGGGAAUUGGAAGCGAAUCAAGAUGAUCAGAGUGGUAAAUCUGUUAAGGACCCAUUUGAUGAAGUUAUGGGAAAUGCACGUCGAGGUACAAAAUUAUUACAAGGACUUGGUGCCACUCGUAAGAAGCGAAAAGAUAAAGGAUCUGGUACCUCUUUGAUUCUACCAGAAGAGGUCAUGGAGUAUAUUAAGAGUGCUAUAACUGCUGAUGUUCAAAAGGAUAUAAAUGCUGAAAUUGAAGAAUUUGCCAAGGAAAAAGAAGUUCAUGCUGCACAAGUUGCUGCACAAGAAGCUGAAAUAGAGAGGAAAACGAAGGAGCUUGAAUCUGAGACCUUAAAACUUCAAGAGAUACGCAUGGAUAUUGAAAAUUAGCAAGGAAAUAUAACUCUAGAUGCAGUAAUAUCAGCACUUGCACAACUACGCCAAAAGGAUCCUAUCUUAACUCCAGAAAUUAUUGCAAAAGUUAUCGUUUCAACAACUUCAAAUGAUCCAUAAACUAUAUUAUUUAAGAUUAUGAACAGGAUACUAUAUAUAUCCAAGUAUGAAGAGCUCCAUCAAACAUCUAAAGAUCUAUUGGACUUUGAGCAAAAAUAUUAAAUUGGUUUUUGAAUUUGGUUUUGGAAUUUUUAUUAAUUAGUUUAAUGUAUGAAAUAUUUAGAUUGAAUGUUUUUGUUUGUAAUAAAUAUUUAGCUUAUCAUUUAGAAUGGAUUUGAAUUAACUACGUAUAACUUUUUAUGGAGAACUUAUUUCUAAGCGAAA